UCCAGAGCUCUGGUCUGGGGGGUGCUACUCCUGGAGCCGCAUUCCAGGAUAAGGGGGGCGGGCUGGGCGAGGCCGGACGGGGGAGGGGCAGGAAAGAGGCUAUAAGGCCGCUGCCCGGGCGGCUGGAGCCAGGCAGGCCAUGGCGGAUGUCCUCGGGGCGCAGAGACCGGUUCCCAACGGCGGCCCGGAGCCCCGGGACCCGCUGGACUGCUGGGCCUGCGCCGUGCUGGUCACCGCCCAGAACCUGCUGGUGGCCGCCUUCAACCUCCUGUUGCUGGCGCUGGUGCUGGGGACCAUCCUGCUGCCGGCGGUCACCAUGCUUGGCUUCGGCUUCCUCUGCCACUCGCAGUUUCUGCGCUCCCAGGCACCCCCUUGCACGGCGCACCUGCGGGACCCGGGCUUCACGGCCCUGCUGGUCACCGGCUUCCUGCUGCUCGUGCCGCUGCUCGUCCUCGCGCUGGCCAGCUACCGCCGCCUCUGCCUGCGCCUCCACCUCGCCGACUGCCUCGUGCCCUACAGCCGAGCCCUUUACCGGCGCCGGCGCUCCCCGCAGCUGCGGCAAAUCCGGGCAUCCCAGGCCGUCCCCACAUCAGGAAAGGUGUGGGUGUGAGGACCCUCGAGUCAAGAACAACCCCGACGAAUGCCCUCUUUUUCAAUCCGCCCAAGGACAUGAAGCCUGGGGGUCUCCCGACCUGCCCUGCCCCAUCCCCACCUGAGCCCCCUUGGCGAACUGCAGCUUCUGUGGACCCAACGUUGGUGAAAACUCGCCACUCCAGAAAACCCCUUCUUUCUACUACCCGUAUCUGAAUCCUGAAUAUCCGGGCUGGACCCUGCACCUACACUCCCGCCCCAUCCCCCACCUGUGAAUAGGACAACGGAACCUCACUGUGCCCUCCUUUCCGGGCAGCUCCUCUAGAAUUUACAGGCUGCUGGGGGAGGUCGGAGGGGAAGGAGCGAUCACACAUUAAUAAAGAAUUCAUGAACUGAA